CGGACUUGAUGGUGUCAUGUCACACUCAGCCAGUCGUCCAAGGGAGCGCCAGCCAGCAGGACUGACUGUCGGUGUGGAUAUGAGAGGAAGUCAGAUGUGUUAACCGCGUAUCAGCCGGUGAACAGGCCGCUGCAGCAUCCAUCAGAGCGGGACUGCCCGACCGCCCAUGAGCCUGCUGCCGUUUCAUACCAACCGGCUAGCUCGCUAAACUCAAUCCCCCAGUUUCAUCAUUUAGGGGCGUUUUAAGGGACGACGGUGAGGGGAAAGCGUGGCCUCUGGCUAGCAACGUACGACUGCGUUACCAGCUGCCCUGGAGAGCUAAACACCCCGUUUCUUUUUACGUAUCAACAUCACGCUGAGAUGGAUAACCUAAGUGACGCCCUGGAGAAGCUGAAGCUAGCGUCUUCAGACAGCGCCACAGACAGCGUGGAGGGCUGCCUGGACUGCCUGCUCAAAGCUCUCGCCAACAACAACACCGAGGCCAGCAUGAAGAUCCAGGAGAUGGCGGUCCUGCCCCUGCUCCCCGGCCUGCUAAAGCCAGAGUCCUCCUACACUCCGAAAGUAGCCAACAUCAUAGCUGAGUUGGCCAAAAACGAGUUCAUUCGGAGUCCCUGUGUGGAAGCCGGUCUCAUCCCUCCUCUCAUUCAGCUGUUAAACUCCAGCGACCAGGAGGUUCUCCUGCAGACCGGCAGAGCUCUUGGCAACAUCUGUUACGACAGCCAUGAGGGCAGGAGUGCAGUUGACCUGGCAGGAGGCGCUCAGAUAGUAGCUGAUCACAUUAAAUCGCUCUACCAAAAUACUGAGCCGGAAAAUGAGAAGCUCUUGACUGUCUUUUGUGGCAUGCUGAUGAACUAUAGCAAUGAUAAUGAUUCCUUACAAGCCCAGCUGAUCAACAUGGGGGUGAUUCCCACUCUGGUGAAGCUGCUCGGCAUCCAUUCCCACAACACAGCCCUGACAGAAAUGUGUCUAAUUGCCUUUGGGAAUCUGGCGGAGCUCGAGUCCAGCAAAGAGCAGUUUGCCUCCACAAACAUCGCAGAGGAGCUGGUGCGUCUUUUCCAGAAGCAGACGGAACACGAGAAGAAGGAGAUGAUUUUUGAGGUUCUGGCUCCGCUUGCAGAAAACGAUGCGAUCAAGCUGCAGCUGGUGGAGGCCGGCCUGGUGGAGUGUCUCCUGCAGGUGGUGGCUCAGACUGUGGACGGGGAGCGGGAGGAGGACAUCGCCCAGCUCAAGACCGCCUCGGACCUCAUGGUUCUGCUGCUGCUGGGAGACGAGUCCAUGCAGAAGCUGUUCGAGGGAGGAAAAGGCAGCGUCUUCCAGAGAGUUCUGUCCUGGAUCCCGUCGCACAACCAUCAGCUGCAGCUCGCCGGGGCCCUCGCCAUCGCUAACUUUGCUCGAAACGAUGGAAACUGUAUCCACAUGGUGGACACUGGCAUCGUCCAGAAGCUUCUAGAUCUGUUGGAUCGACACGUUGAAGAAGGAAACGUCACGGUUCAACACGCAGCUCUGAGCGCCCUGAGGAACCUCGCCAUACCAGUGGUGAACAAAUCAAAGAUGCUCUCAGCUGGAGUAGCAGACGUGGUGUUGAAGUUUUUACAGUCCGAGAUGCCGCCGGUGCAGUUCAAACUGCUCGGGACGUUACGCAUGCUCAUCGAUACACAAGCCGAAGCUGCAGACCAGCUGGGGACCAAUGGGAAACUGGUGGAGCGGUUAGUGGAGUGGUGUGAAGCCAAAGAUCACGCAGGAGUGAUGGGCGAGUCCAACAGACUCCUGUCAGCCUUGAUCCGACACAGCAAGUCCAAGGAAGUGGUCAGAACGGUCAUCCAGGGAGGAGGCGUCAAGCACCUGGUAACCAUGGCGACCAGUGAGCAUAUGAUCAUGCAGAACGAAGCGCUGGUGGCUCUGGGGCUCAUAGCAGCGCUGGAUCUGGUUGCAGCAGAAAAGGACUUUGUUGGAGCCAGUCUGGUGUCUGUGCUUCACAAACUGCUGUCAGACGAGCGGAGCGCUCCAGAGAUCAAAUAUAACUCCAUGAUCCUCAUCUGUGCUGUCAUGGGCUCAGAGCCUCUCCACAAAGAAGUCCAGAGCCUGGCGUUCAUCGACGUGGUGUCAAAGCUUCGUGCCCACGAAAACAAAACGGUAUCCCACCAGGCAUCGCUCACAGAGCAGCGGUUAACUGCCCAGAGCUAAAUGACUGUGUCAAACCCCCCCCCCCCCAAACACACCCAUCCACUCAAACGCCUGCCUGACCACCUAAAGAUCACCCAACCACACCUCAUAACUGCUCCCCGUGCCCCAUCGUCAUGUGCCAAGGUACCAUGUCGCGUUAACUGCCAGCUAGACAUACGGUCAUGUCUCCGCCCCCGUAACCUCUGCCCCGCCCACAUCCACACCAGGGUCAGACUGAUGCGUCGGAGUAUUUUGUACCUGAAAUGUUAUCGGUGUUUUUUUAGGAUUUGCCCAGACUUGCGUGUUUGUUUCGGGUGGACUAGCUGUCGGACGCCAAAACUCUCCUCUGAAAGCCAUAAAAAAGAGAUUUAUGAAGCUGUGUUUGUAGAUCCAUGACGCCAAGCGAGGCAGAUUUUCAUUUCAGGUCUUUACCCUCUAGACUCCGGGAACACUUGGAUCGUACGGAGCAUUAAAGUAGCUCAAAAACAGAAUAUUACAGAUAGUAACGCCAUCUGGAUGACUCGAGCCGAGAUGGAGCUGAGACGCAGCUGGGGGAGUUUAGGGAAAGGAGUGUGAAGCAGGUUGAACCUUUUCUGUUCUUUUUGAGGAAAACAAGAAGGAAAACAAAUCAUGCAAACACUAACAUAAAUGGUCCUUUACAGUGAUAACGACUUAAAAUAUCUCAAAUGUUUUCAUCCACGGGGAAAGGUUAAAACGCCAACAGGCACUGCGGGGUCUAGAGGGUUAAACACCCGUUGAAUUCUCUGAAGUGAUUUGUCUCAUCGACCUCCUGUCUUCUUUUCUUUGAAAUAUAACGUCCAUCAGUCCGACCCUGGUGCACUCCUCUACUUGUGCAUGCAUCUCUCUGCUACAAGUAGCUCCACGGGAGCCGAGGCGCCAUAAACAGCCGAACGCAAUAGAUAAGAGACGACACUCUUCUACGACCAUAGCUGUGAUACCAUCCGCCUAUGAAAAGUGAAAAAAAAACAAAAAAACAUCCACAUGUGUAAAAACGUGCACAAAAGAACAAAAAAAAACAAAACCUUCUUCCUGUUGUGAUUUUUCUUUCAUUUUUAAGAAAAGCAGCCGUCAUGAUGUGCCCAGUCGUGUCCCAUGUAGCUCGAGUGUAAAUUGACUAGAAACUGUGCAUGUUAUCGUCCUGUUGACGGUGUGACCGUGUUCAUCCCGCCUCUCUGCCGCUCGCAUUCUCCAGAAGACAACGCGACCUCCUCCACACACACACACACACACACACACACACACACACACACACACACACACACACACACACACACACACACACACACAGCUCGGGGUCGAGUACACUCCUUUUUGUUUUGCACUUUUUUUUUUUUGAAAGGUGGAGUCAGCAGCAUUUUCCGAUGCAGCUUGUAAACAACAUUCAAACAUGGCCCCUCCUCCUGAAGCUCACCCUCACUGCAGGAUGUAGUGUGUACGUUUACUGCUUGUUCCUACACUGCAAGCUAACGCACGCUAGCACAAGCUAACCGUCUGUGUUUGUCCCCUGCCUGUCCAACAGGAAGCAGACCAACUCCACGUCAACACAAGGUUCACCCCUCGUCUUAUUUCUCUUCUUUGCAUGUCCGUCAUAUUCGGCUGUUUGAAUCUUGUCCAAUCACUGAAUUGUAUCCACUCCUAAACUCACCUGCUGCGCUGUCAUUGGCUGGAGGAAACACAGCAGCUCUGCCCAGAAACAUCCCGAGUCAACCAGAACAAAGCAGAACAGUAAAAUCCAGUCAGAGGACAGAGUCUCUGCAGACACAGUCACCACCACACAUGUAUGGAGGCCCAGAAGGGACGAUGGAGCAGCUUCACUUUCGGAGAAGUCUGUAUUUUAUUUUGAAGGAGGAAGCUGCUGACACCAUGUUUAAGAUCAAGAGAUUUUAUCAGAUUUUUAACUGUACAAAUCCAAACACAUUUGCCCCUUUGCUCACAUGGAAAGUGUCCACAUUUUAACUCUAUUCAUAAUCAACUUGACGUCAUCUUUGGUAUCAAGUGUGCGGUUUUGGACACAGCCUAAAUCUCUUUUCUCCACCUUACGACUCGUCAGGUAGAUUUAACGUCUCAGUUAAGACUCUUCUUCGUCUUUUUGCAUUCCCAGAUUCUUACAGAUCAAAGUGUUGUUUGUUUUACCCACAUCACAACACAUAUUUUUAUUUUAAAAAAAUAUGUUCCUGAUGGACGGGAGAGGAUGCAGGAGGAGGCUGUGAAGAGCGAGGAAGAACAAAAUAUCAAAGUGAAAGGAGCAUGAGAUUCUGACGUGAUGCACAAGUCCUCUGUGUGUGUGUGUGUGUGUGUGUGUAUUAUGUAAUGAGUGUGAUUAUGUAAUGAGGAGGUAGGUGUGUAUGAAGGUGAACAGGUAACUGAACGCAGACACUUUAUCCAUCAGCACAGCGCCCCCUAGAGGACAAAACCCUCCUCAGUUCUUCUCGUCAAAGGGAUUUCUGCUCACAUGCAUCCACACUGUUAACACACACGCGCACACACACACUUACACACACACACACACUCGCCGUGUUUGUGCUCUGGGCCCACGCUUUCUUUUUUAAAGGUAUGAAUGGUUAUUUAUCAGAUCUGUGCUCUUUGAAGACACAUGCCUGUGGAGAUGUAUCCAUAGUAACUGCGUAAAAAAAAAAAUACAAAUAUAAACUUCAAUGUUUGUUGUAAAUGUCAUGAGUUGUACAUUUGGAGGAUUGUAACUCAGCAGAAUAUUAAAAGAUGAUAGCUGGUCA